GUGACCCUUUGCUGUGCUGUGAAAAUGAAGUCUAUUGUUCUAUUUUUUCUUUUAGGCAUUGUAUGCCAGUCAUACGCAUUGGAGUGUUACAGUUGUUCAAGUGCAACGACUUCAACUUGUAAGUCAGAUUACACUACGGCAAGUAAGGAAACCUGUGCCGGUGUGCUCUUCACGGACCCCGUGUGUCAGGUAAGCAGAACAGAUGGGGAUGUGAACUUAUUAAUUCGGUCUUGUAACAUCAAAUCAGUUUGUGACCAGGCCGAUGGAUGCAUCACUGCUGAAGGUGUGACUGUAUGCACCAGUUGUUGUGAUAGUGAUUUGUGCAACACUGGUAAUUCUGCUACUGGACUGGUCUUCAAUUACCGCCUGAUGGGCGUUCUGGCUUUGAUGGUACUGAGCUCUCUAUUUUAAUAUUGCACAGCCAGUAAUAUAUCAGUAGUAACAAGGACGUUCACUCUGUUAAUGUCAGUGUAAAAUAUACGAUGUUUAUUACAUACAAUGUGACAGAGAAAUCGACAAUAAAAGAUUCUGUGUUAGAUCAUAGCUUUUAGUGAAUUUCAAUGAUUGUUUUGGAAUAAAAAUUGCAAUUAAAAUUUUCAAAUUGAUUUGGAAUUAAA